AUUUGUCUCGCUCUUUACACUGCGACCUGCCGAGAGACCCUAAAACCCUCUCUGCUUCCCCGACCCAUAUUGCUAUCCUUCAAAAUCUGUGAUCAAUCAUCUUGAUUUUGAUUGGGAAAAGGCUUUCUAAAAGAUUUCGUUAUGGAUUUGGAAGAAGAGUAUGAUCAAGGUUACAACGACGAGGAAGAAGAUAUAACCCAAGAGGAUGCUUGGGCAGUUAUCAGUUCUUAUUUCGAAGAAAAGGGUCUUGUUCGUCAACAACUCGAUUCAUUUGAUGAGUUUAUUCAAAAUACUAUGCAGGAAAUUGUGGACGAAUCUGCAGAUAUCGAGAUCCGACCCGAAUCCCAGCACAAUCCGGGUCACCAGCCUGAUUUUGCGGAGACAAUCUAUAAGAUCAGCUUUGGUCAGAUUUAUCUGAGUAAGCCAAUGAUGACAGAGUCAGAUGGUGAAACCGCCACAUUGUUUCCAAAGGCAGCAAGGCUGAGGAAUCUGACAUAUUCUGCACCAUUGUAUGUCGACGUAUCCAAGAGGGCUAUAAAGAAAGGGCAUGAUGGUGAAGAAGUUACAGAAACUCAAGAUUUUGCUAAAGUCUUCAUUGGAAAGGUUCCUAUAAUGCUUCGGUCAAGUUACUGUACAUUAUUUCAGAAUUCAGAAAAGGAUUUGACUGAACUUGGAGAGUGCCCAUAUGAUCAAGGUGGAUAUUUCAUCAUCAAUGGGAGUGAAAAGGUUCUAAUUGCUCAAGAGAAAAUGAGCACCAAUCAUGUUUAUGUAUUUAAGAAGAGGCAACCAAAUAAAUAUGCUUAUGUGGGAGAAGUUCGUUCAAUGGCAGAAUCUCAAAAUAGGCCACCAAGUACCAUGUUUGUUCGCAUGCUUUCUCGGACUAGUGCCAAAGGGGGCUCCUCGGGUCAAUAUAUUCGUGCUACCCUUCCAUAUAUCCGAAUUGAAAUUCCUAUCAUUAUAGUGUUUCGAGCACUGGGAUUUGUUGCUGAUAAAGAUAUAUUAGAACACAUUUGUUAUGAUUUUGCUGAUACUCAAAUGAUGGAGUUGUUGAGACCAUCACUAGAAGAAGCUUUUGUAAUACAAAAUCAACAAGUGGCACUAGAUUACAUUGGGAAAAGAGGUGCCACUGUUGGUGUCACGAAAGAGAAGAGAAUAAAGUAUGCCCGUGAUAUUCUUCAAAAAGAAAUGCUUCCUCAUGUGGGUGUUGGAGAGUAUUGUGAAACAAAGAAAGCAUACUACUUCGGUUAUAUUAUCCACCGUCUUUUGUUAUGUGCUCUUGGUCGGAGGGCUGAGGAUGAUAGGGAUCAUUAUGGAAACAAAAGGUUGGAUCUUGCUGGCCCAUUGCUUGGGGGCCUAUUUAGAAUGCUCUUCCGGAAGUUAACCAGAGACGUAAGAGGAUAUGUUCAGAAGUGUGUAGACAAUGCUGGAACUAGGGCUGGGGUUUCACAGGUGUUGAAUCGCUUGACAUAUGCAUCUACGUUGUCACAUUUACGAAGACUCAAUUCACCCAUAGGACGUGAAGGAAAAUUGGCAAAACCAAGGCAGCUGCAUAACUCACAAUGGGGAAUGAUGUGUCCCGCAGAAACCCCUGAAGGGCAGGCAUGUGGACUGGUGAAGAAUCUUGCAUUGAUGGUUUACAUAACUGUGGGGUCAGCUGCAUACCCUAUUCUUGAGUUUUUGGAAGAAUGGGGUACAGAAAAUUUUGAGGAAAUUUCUCCUGCUGUGAUCCCUCAAGCUACGAAGAUCUUUGUGAAUGGUCUCUGGGUGGGAAUCCAUCGGGACCCAGACAUGUUGGUGAGAACAUUAAGGAGAUUGAGAAGACGAGUUGAUGUGAACACGGAAGUUGGAGUUGUGCGAGAUAUUCGUUUAAAAGAACUUCGAAUAUAUACAGAUUAUGGUCGUUGCAGUCGCCCGCUUUUCAUUGUUGAAAAGCAAAGACUUUUAAUAAAAAAGAAAGAUAUCCAAAAGCUCCAACAAAGGGAAACCCCAGAAGAUGGUGGGUGGCAUGAUCUUGUAUCAAAUGGAUUCAUAGAGUAUAUUGAUACGGAAGAGGAAGAGACCACUAUGAUUUCCAUGACCAUUAAUGAUCUUGUAAGUGCAAGGGAAAAUCCAGGUGAAUCUUAUUCAGACACUUACACACAUUGUGAAAUCCAUCCGUCUUUAAUCUUGGGUGUUUGUGCCUCAAUUAUACCAUUUCCUGACCACAACCAGUCUCCACGUAAUACGUAUCAAUCGGCCAUGGGUAAGCAAGCUAUGGGAAUUUAUGUCACCAACUUCCAGUUUCGUAUGGAUACAUUGGCCUACGUGCUUUACUAUCCCCAAAAACCUCUUGUAACUACUCGAGCAAUGGAGCACUUACACUUCCGACAGCUUCCAGCUGGCAUUAAUGCAAUUGUGGCAAUUUCGUGUUAUUCUGGAUAUAACCAAGAAGAUUCCGUUAUCAUGAACCAGUCCUCAAUAGACCGUGGCUUCUUCAGAUCACUCUUCUUCCGUUCUUACAGGGACGAAGAGAAGAAGAUGGGGACACUUGUGAAGGAAGAUUUCGGUCGUCCCGAUAGAGCUAACACCAUGGGCAUGCGACAUGGUUCUUACGAUAAAUUGGAUGAUGAUGGUCUUGCUCCUCCUGGGACACGAGUCGGUGGUGAGGACGUGAUUAUUGGGAAGACAACACCAAUUGCUCAAGAUGAUGCUCAAGGGCAAGCCUCCAGAUACACUCGUCGUGAUCACAGUACAAGUUUACGUCAUAGUGAAACCGGAAUGGUUGAUCAGGUGCUGUUGACAACAAAUGCUGAUGGGUUGAGAUUUGUGAAAGUGAGGGUGAGGUCAGUGAGGAUCCCACAGAUUGGAGAUAAGUUUAGCAGUAGACAUGGUCAAAAGGGAACAGUUGGGAUGACUUACACACAAGAAGACAUGCCAUGGACUGUGGAGGGAAUCACUCCUGACAUUAUUGUGAAUCCUCAUGCUAUUCCUUCUCGCAUGACAAUUGGUCAACUCAUUGAGUGUAUUAUGGGCAAAGUUGCUGCACAUAUGGGUAAAGAAGGAGACGCCACUCCCUUCACCGAUGUCACUGUGGAUAACAUCAGUAGAGCGCUUCACAAGUGCGGUUACCAAAUGCGUGGGUUCGAGACCAUGUACAACGGUCACACCGGCCGACGGCUAACUGCCAUGAUAUUCCUGGGGCCCACUUACUACCAAAGACUGAAACAUAUGGUUGAUGACAAGAUCCAUUCACGUGGACGUGGUCCCGUCCAGAUCCUGACCCGCCAGCCCGCUGAAGGUCGGUCACGUGACGGUGGGCUCCGGUUUGGUGAAAUGGAGCGCGACUGCAUGAUUGCUCAUGGUGCUGCCCAUUUCCUUAAAGAAAGACUCUUUGACCAGAGUGAUGCGUAUCGGGUUCAUGUCUGUGAGCGCUGUGGAUUGAUUGCAAUUGCUAAUAUCAAAAAGAGUUCCUUCGAGUGUAGAAGUUGCAAGAAUAAAACCGAUAUCGUUCAGGUGCAUAUUCCAUAUGCUUGCAAGUUGUUGUUCCAAGAGCUUAUGUCUAUGGCGAUUGCACCUAGGAUGCUUACCAAAGAUGUGAAGCAAGCGAAAGAUAGCAAGAAGAAAGGGGCUUGAGUUGAGAUGAUAUGGUGCACAACUUGUGAUGUAAUGAUUUUUACUGGAUUUUGAAUGGUUGAGCGGGAAGUCUGAUUAAUGUAUACUAAUUUUCUUUACUAUUAUAUGGUGAACCUACUUUAUAUCGUACAAUACGGAAUUUGAGAAUUUUCAAGCUGAAUUGUUUCUACUUUGUUAAAAAUGUUUUUGAGAGUUUA